AUAUAGAAAAAGCUGUAAGUCAAUGAUCUCAGAGAUCGAUUCACAACAUGUUUUUAAAUUAAUCAAGUAAGAUUUUGCUAUUUUUAGUGCUACCUGUCAAUUGGCAGCCAAUCAAGUCAGUAUCUACAUUUGUUGUUAUGGUGCAUCAGGACCAACGGUACAGUGUCCGGCUGGUUCUACACUUCAGUCAGGUCCACUUGGAUAUGUAGUAUGCGAUAUUAACAGUAGCGUUCAACAGUGUCAAACAGGAUAUACGUGUAUGCGUGCAGCGAACAAUAACUCAAUCGCUGUUUGUUGUUCUGGACAAACUGCACAACCGGUUUGCCCUGGACAACAGAAUCUUCUUGUGGAAAAUGGUGUACCACGUUACUGUACUCCAAAUGCUCCAGUAUCCUGUCCAAAUGGUUACGUUUGUACAGCAGCAGUUAAUAUGGCUGGAACAUAUGUCUGCUGUGGUGCUGUGGCAACAAGUGCUUGUCCAGCCAACUUUAUACCAGCUCUGGGCAAUACAGGCAAUGAAAUCAAUUGCGCUCCAAACGAUCCAAAUUCUUGCCCAGCAGGUUCUGUAUGCUUAGAAUCACAAUUUUCUAUAGGCACUGGAACUUAUUUGUGCUGUAGAAGUUCACAAGCUCUUCGAGUAUGUCCAAAUAACCAGAAUGCUUUUGUAACACCCAAUGGACAAGUUGAACAAUGUACUGGUCCUGGUGCAUCUUGUAGUCAGAACGGUUAUACAUGUCAAUAUUCAACUAGUCUUGCAAGCUGGGUUUGUUGCGGCCAAGGACAGGGAAUGGCAUUAUGUGCAGACGGAAGGGAAACAUACUUUCAGGUGGAAGGUCAAACGUAUUCGUGUGUUCCAUCCACUACCCCAACUGGUUGUCCGGCAAGUUACGACUGUGCUGCAUCAACUUCGACGGGGACUUUUGUUUGCUGCAGACAAGCAACCACCGCAACAGUUCCUACAGUUGCUUCUGGUCUAAGUUGUCCACUUGGUUGGAAUCCAUACAGAAAUGAAUUAGACGGCAGUAAUCGUUUCUGCCAAAAUGCUAUAGAUAUGAAUUGUCCAACUGGAUUUUCUUGUACUCAGUCAACGCAACAAGGGCUUUACUUGUGCUGUCGUUUGGCCACGAGUCUCAGGUGUGCUUCUGGUCAAACGACACUUCUAAUAAAUAAUCAGCCUCGUUUAUGUCAAAAUUUGAAGAUAAAUGCUUGUCCUGCUGGUUAUUCAUGUAGGGUUUCAAAUAUGAUAAAUGUUUAUAUAUGUUGCGCCAAUUUCCGUCUCUCUGAACAGUCAAAUCCAAGCUUGAUUGACGACCUUAGAUGUCUUAGAGACGGUUCUUUGCCAGCAGUGACUGGCCAAAGUAUUCGAUAUUGCAGACUCGGUAGUUCAGCUGGAAGUUCAUGCCCACCAGAGCACAGCUGUUCGCUGUCAACACAAGAAGAUAUUUAUGUAUGUUGUAAGAAUGAAAAUGUUGCCAAAUGGUCACCGACUUUGAUACGAAUGGGAGUGUGUGGUGAUCUGAGUGUUCCUUUUGAGUUCGAAGGGCAGUUAAUAGAUUGUUCAGAAGAUAAUAAUAUUUGUCCGUUGGGAUACUCUUGUCAGCCUUCAUUGUCUGAUUCAAAAAUGUAUUGCUGUAAGGAUAUUAAAUGUAGAUCAGGCGUUGCCCUUCGAGGCUCACUACAGUGUACUUCAAAUGCGGAAUGUAAGGAUGGAUAUAUUUGUCAGGAAAGUGAGGAAUAUAAAGGUGUAAGAAUAUGUUGUCCCGAUCUUAUUUCGCCGUCUGCUCGGUGUUUGGGCCGUGAAACUUUGUUAGCUUCCGGCUCACCAGUUAGUUGUCAAGCACUGAGCGUCUGCCCACAGGGUUAUAUUUGCUCAAACCACACAACCACCUUCGAAUCUGUUUGCUGUAGAUCUUAUUCUAAAAUAACCCUUGUAUGCCCAGAAAACAGAGAACCUUAUAGAGGAGUAGCAGAUGACGCAUUAUUCUACUGCGAUCGCACCGGUUUUUCUUGUCCAAAUAAUUACGUUUGCAAACAAGCAAUAAAUUCUGCUAGGUACGUGUGCUGUUCGCCAGUACCUUCAUGCGUUGCAGGCGGUAUCCCGCAAACUGGUGGGGAACAAGGUAUACCGCGAAGGUCUCUGUUUAUAAUGUUCUUAAUUUCUUCCACUUAAAU